GAGACACCUAUUUUUUCAUUUCCACCGCUUCGAACCCUAACGCUUGGCUUCUCAACACUCUCGCUGGAUCAGUUUUGAGCUUCAAUGGAGGCUUCUCAAUGUCACUGAGUAAAUGAUAGUUGCUCAGAGGUGUGUUUUUGGACAGCAUAAUAUUUGGAGAAACUUUUUGUUGAUCUUUCUGGAUUCAGUAGGCCUUCUUAUAAAUAGUUAUCUGCUGGAAAAUUUGGGCUGGGUUAUCUAUGCCUGGAAACGAAGUAGGAGACAGGGUGCAUAAUUUUUUUGGUCAAGAGAACUUGUCCCAGGGUCAGUAUCAUUCACAGGCAGUUGACGGGAACUGGCCAGGGCUAAGCAAUAAUUUAUGGGCUAGUAGCCAGAGACCAACUGGUGCACCUUUUAUUUCCAAUUUGAAGAAUUUUAAUCCACAGCAAUCCGAUUCUGAGCAGGGUCACACUAGUGCUCCACAUUUGCGACAUGGUUUGAACCUGGCACAAUCAAAUCUGAGGCCUGACUCUGGGAGAAAUCAAUCCCCAAACCAUCCUACUGCUGUUAAUGGCUAUAUGCAGGGGCAUCAGGUUUUCCAGUCUAGGCAAAACGAAGCAAACAUUUUGGGAGUGGAUACAGAAGCUGAUAUGCAGGGCGUAUCAAGUCUAUCAAGAGGAGUAUCAGUGCUAGAUUCACAACAAGGGGCUGGUCUUGAACUCUACAAGAAAAACUUGAGUAGGACUGAUGCUGCUGAGUCUCCUGUCAAUUAUGAUUUUUUUGGAGGUCAACAGCCAACAAGUGGUCGUUAUUCAGGCCUGCAUCAAUCUUUUCCCAGACAGCAGUCAGGGAUGAAUGACAUGCAUCUUUUACAACAGCAAGUGAUACUCAACCAGAUGCAAGAAAUUCAAAGGCAGCAACAAUUUCAUCAUCUAGAAGCUAGGCAACAGAGUUCUAUGACUCCAGCUUCCUCCAUUUCGAAACAGACAGUUGCGAGCCAUUCUGCAUCUCUCAUCAAUGGUAUUCCCAUCAAUGAGGCAUCUAACCUUCUCUGGCAGCCUGAAGUUAUGGCAACUAAUGCUAAUUGGCUCCAGCGUGGUGGAUCUCCAGUUGUGCAAGGUUCCUCUAAUGGACUUGUAUUAUCUCCUGAACAACUGCGCCUGAUGGGUUUGGUUCCUAAUCAGGGAGAUCAGUCUCUUUAUGGGCUUCCAAUUUCUGGCUCAAGAGGUACAACUAACCUGUAUUCUCAUGUUCAAGGAGAUAAGCCUGCAGUGUCUCAGGUUUCUAACCAACACCAGUAUUCUCAUGUUCAAGUUGACAAGACAGCACUGCCACAUAUAUCAGCCAGUGGUAAUUCAUUUCCAGCUCAUCAGUAUGCUAGUGUUUCAGAUCAGACUAAUGCAAAUGAUGGAACUUCAGUUUCAAGACAGGAUACUCAAGGAAAAAGUUUGUUUGGUUCUAUUGCUCAAGGUAUAAGUAGUGGACUAAAUAUGGAGAACUUGCAGCAAGUGAAUUCUGAACAAAGAAAUGUACCGUUUGAAGAUUUUCAUGGGAGGCAGGACUUAGCUGGAUCUUCUGAGACUUCUCAGGACAAAGUGGUAAUGCAGGUUCCUCCUUCACAGAAUGUGGCUACCUUAGAUCCAACAGAAGAGAAGAUUUUAUUUGGUUCAGAUGACAGCCUUUGGGAUGGGUUUGGUAGGAAUACGGGUUUCAAUAUGCUGGAUGAUACAGAUAGUAUUAGUGGAUUUCCAUCUGUCCAGAGUGGGAGUUGGAGUGCACUUAUGCAGUCUGCUGUAGCUGAAACUUCUAGUAGUGAAAUGGGUAUACAGGAAGAAUGGAGUGGUCUAAGUUUCCGGAAUACUGAACGUUCAUCUGGAAAUGAGCGGCCUCAAACCAUUCAUAGCAGCAAACAGCAAUCAGUCUGGGCUGACAAUAACUUGCAGUCAGCACCCAAUAUAAAUUCAAGACCUUUUCUUCGGUCAAAUGAUCUUAGCAGGCCCAAUACCACUGUAAACUAUUCUGGUCUUCCCGGAUUUCAUCAAUCAGGUGCUGAUACAGUACAGGAACAGCAUGACAGGCUACAAACUGAUUCUUCUCAAAGAUCAAUUCCACAGUUUUUAGAACGAGGCAAAUGGUUAGAUUGCAGCCCUCAGCAAAAACCAAUUGCAGAAGGGAGUCAUAUUUAUGGAAAUGCUGUUAACUCCUCAGGUUUAGAAAUAAAUGAAAAGGUUAUUUCAGGUUCUUGGACCCAUCAACAUGCGCUACCAUCCCCUAAUAGCAGUGGUGAGCCAUUCAAUAGAUCUAAUGGAUGGAAUCCUAUCAAAUCAGCCCUGCCUGAUAACAAUUCUACUUUGAGAACCCGUGAAAAUGAAAAUGUGUUGCAGCGCCAUCGUGAUAGAGCUAUGCAAGAGGAUAUGGGCCAGGUCCCUGCUAUGUGGGAACCUGAUUCUGAUACUAAUUCAUCUGUUGGGUUGGAACAUGUAAAGUCUGCAGGUAAUGUGCCGGUUUGUGCGGAAGAUUCUGGUAUGAAUGGUAUUGCCGCCAUACCAAAUUCAGGUGCUACAUGGGUCAGCCGGCAAACCAACCAGCAGCUCCCUAAUGUUGAUGUGUGGAGACAUGCAGAUUCGAUGGGGGGAUACAGAAGAAAUGAAGAUCCAGGAAAGUAUAGGCAUCAUAUGGAGAAGAACCCUUUAGUUUUGGAGUCAUUAAAAAACAAAAAGUCAGAAGGUGAGGCACAUGAUGUGGAAAACUCGAACAAAAAGGAUAAAUCAGCUGAUGGUCUUGGCUCUAAUCAUUCCCAUCAAAGAGCUGGUGGUUUGAGAGAAAAUCCUAGUUUUGAUGGAAGUGAUUUGUGUAGUCCAAAGUUAUCUGCUCAGGGAAAUCGAAGACCUCCUGUAACUCGUAAAUUUCAGUAUCACCCAAUGGGGGAUGUUGGUGUUGACGUAGAAUCUUAUGGAAACAAACAUGUCAUAAAUUCACAGCCUGUGCCCCACCAACCCUUUGGAGGACUAAAAGGUCAGGACCAAAGCUAUCCUGGGCAGUCAAAAUAUGGUUAUUCUGAUGGGAAUUAUACUGAAAUGGAGAAGGAUGACUCAAAAUUUUUGGAUGAUAAUGCUUCAAAAAGCAUACUGCCUGGUGGUCAUAUACAGAAAACAUUGACUCCAUUUGAUAGAAGUGUUGGUAACUAUGCCUUAAACAAGACUUCUUCACCCAGUCAAAAUAUUCUUGAGCUUCUUCAUAAAGUGGAUCAGUCAAGGGAGCAUGGCAUUGCAACAAAUACAAGCACUUCUAACCGCCAUUUAUCUUCCAGGGUGCUGGAUACUGAAUCAUCUGAUGGGUCUUCUGUACAACCUCAACGAAGUCAAAGUUCUUCAUCUCAAGGCUUUGGUUUACAAUUGGCUCCUCCUACUCAAAGGCUUCCUAUGGCAUCUUCUCAUGCUACACCACAAGUUGCAUCUGAGACAGCAGAUAAGGGUCAUACUUGGUUGGCUGUUACUCAGACUUUUCCUUCUCGAGAGUCGUCUAAUGAGCUUAGGAAUAACAUUUCUGGUUCCUCAGGACAAAUUUUUGAUAAAGCCUUGCAGUACAGUGUGCUGGGAAAUGUUCCACAGGCUUUCACAUCUGGCUUUCCUUUCUCCCGGAUCCAUACUCAAAAUCAGAAUGUGGUUAAUCUUGGUGGACAAGUAGCUAAUGCUCAAUGUGAUAAUGCAACUUUUGUUGAUCGGACAGCUUCCAUGAAUCAGAUAGAUGAAUAUUGUGAAAGAGCUCAAACUAGUAAGUCUGAAUUGGCAUCUGCUCAGGAAAUGUCCCAACUCAGUGGUAUAGACCAAAUCCGUCCUGUAGAUCCUGCCAUGCAAAUUUCGGCAUUGGAGGCUGGCACAGCUCCUCAUCCUUCUGUUACAUUUAAUGCAUCUCUACAUGGCGCCCCUUCUAAAGUUUUACACAAUGUUUGGACAAGUGUUUCUAGCAAGCAACAUCCCAAUGCUUUGAAGAUUCCAUCACGUCCCCAACCAAUUAAUGUUUGUGAAACUACAACAGGACCACAGAAGCCUGGUAUUGACAAUUCAGAGCAAGAUGUUAAUGACCUUUCUGGGCAGCGGGUAUUGCCUGAGAGUGUUGAUGCUGCUGAAGAGACUGCGAGUGCAUCACAUGUGAAGGAACAUGUUGCGAAAUAUAUGCCUGAUACAUCUCAAUCUAGCCCAGCUGCUACCUCUAGAGAUAUUGAAGAUUUUGGCCGGUCGUUAAGACCAAACACUCUUUUGCACCAGAAUUUCUCCAUGCUAAAUCAAGUCCAGUCCACAAAAAAUAUGGAGAUUGAUCCUAGUGAUCAAGAUGUCAAGAGAUUCAAAAUUUCAGAUAAUGUGGUGGGCAGACAGCAGGCGGAUUCCAACCGUGGACAACUGUCAUACGGAUACAAUAGAAUGAUCAAAGAUGUGUCAGGAAAUAAUUCUUCAGUGCCACCAUCAGAUCCGAAUAUACUAAGCUUUCCAACAAAGCCAGGUGAGGGACGAGACACUAAUGCAUCUUCUCAGGAGGUGGUUGGAUAUAGCCAGAAAAAUGCUCUUGAUGUCAUUAAUAGUAACAAAGCAACUUCUGGUAGAAGUGAACAUUCUGUGAUAAAUCCUCAGAUGGCUCCAUCAUGGUUUGAGCAAUAUGGAACUUUUAAAAAUGGUAAAAUGUUGCCAAUGUAUGAUAUACGGACAAUGACUCCUCCAAAAAUUAUGGACCAGCCUUUCAUUGUAAGGAACCAAUCUGGUAGUUUGCAUCUUGGUAAUGCAAUGGAGCAAGUUAAUAGUCUCAAUGAUGCUGGUCAGCUUGGUAAUUCUAGGCAAAGUUCAAUGCCUACUUCAGUUGCAAGUGAGCAUUUGCCUUCUCAGUUAUUGCCUCCUGCUGCUGUUGAACCUGAUUUGCUUAAUAUGAGAUCAAUGAAGCGUAAAAGUGCCACAUCUGAACUCAUGCCAUGGCAUAAAGAACUGAGACAAGGUUCUGAAAGGCUUCAAGAUAUCAGUGUGGCAGAAUUGGACUGGGCCCAAGCUGCAAAUAGAUUGAUUGAGAAGGUUGAGGACGAUGCUGAGCUAGUCGAAGAAUCACCAACAAUGAAGUCAAAAAGAAGACUUGUCUUGACUACACAGCUUAUGCAGCAACUACUCAAUUCUCCUUCAGCAGCAGUUCUCUCUGCAGAUGUCAAGUUGCAUCAUGAAAGUGUGGUCUACUCUGUUGCUAGAUUAGUGUUAGGAGAUGCAUGUAGUUCAGUCUCAUGUUCUGGAAGUGACACACUCAUACCCCCUGGCAGCAAAAACCUCCUGCCCGAUAAUCUUAAUGCAUCCAAGAAAGUUGAUCAGUACAUUUUCAAAGUGGAAGACUUUGUUGGUAGAGCAAGAAAACUGGAAAAUGAUAUAUUGAGAUUGGAUAGCAGAGCUUCAGUUUUGGACUUAAGAUUGGAGUGUCAAGAUUUAGAAAGAUUUUCUGUGAUCAAUCGAUUUGCCAAGUUCCAUGGACGGGGGCAAAAUGAUGGGGCGGAGACUUCGUCAUCUUCUGAUGCAACUGCAAAUGCUCAGAAAUCACAGCCCCAGAGAUAUGUUACUGCUGUUCCAAUGCCUAGAAAUCUCCCAGACAGGGUACAAUGUCUUUCACUUUGAUAAUUUAUUAAUUCAUUUUUCCAUCUUUCUUGGUCAGUUGUCUCCACAACUUCCCGUUUCUGGUUCUUUUCUUUCAACUUAUAUUAUUGCACUUCAUCGCCAUAGAACCAUACAACUGGCAAUGUAGGAGAAGAAUGGUACUAGAUUGCCUUCUCAACCAAUGGAGGCUGUUAGAUCUUUGCAAUCUAUAUAUGUAUGUAUGUCUAGAUCUUUGCAAUCUAGUUAUCUUUUACUUUUGGUUUUCAGGUUCCAAGCCUUUUGUAUAUAGUAAGAUAAUAUAUGCAGUCUACUUAGUUUUAACCAUACCAUUGGCUCGGUUUGAAUUUAGCAUAAGUUAGUUCUUUCCACUUCUACUUCCCCCUUCCCCCCAUUUAAUAAAGCAUGAGCUGUUUAGUGUUUACUGAAUCAUUUCCUGUAUUCGUAUCUAGUAAGAUAAUGUAUGCAUCUUCCUAGUUUUAACAAUGCCAUUUGGCUUGGUUGUCUGGUUAAUUAGCAGAAGUUUAGUGUUUAC